AUGGUCUAUUCAUACGGAGAGUCGUGGUAUGAUCGUCAGGAUCCUUCGCCACCACCGCAUGCACGCUACUACCGUCACUCCUAUCGACACAGCGGCCACCUCACGCCUGAACCACAAUACUCCAAUCUACAUCGCUCGUACUCGCAAGGCCACAAUGAAAAAGAGCGUGAACGAAAAGCCUACGACGAUUUCCUCCGCAGACAACGAGAAAAGGAAGAGGCAGAAGAACAAGCCUACCGCGAAGCCCUACGCAAGCAAAAAGAAAAAGAAGAAGCCAAAGAACGAGAAUACCAAUCCUUCCUGCGUCUGCAAAAAGAAAAACAAGAAGCAGAAGACCAAGCCAAGAAAGAGGAACAAGCACGUAUCGACUCCACCAUGCGAGCACGACUGGAAAAGUUGGGAAUGUCUCAACACGACAUUGAAUUGGCUUUGGAUCCCGAAAAGGCGGAGAAGGAAAAGAAGAAAAAGAAGAAACACAGGUAUUCAGGAGAUGUGUAUUUGGAUGACUAUGUCAUUGAUGUGGGAGGAGGAGCGCCGCCGAGUCUGCCUGAUGCACCACCUCUGGGCGUUGGCUUUCCUCAACACCACGUCCCGGUGUAUCCGCGCAUCAAUCGCAGGUAUCUGGACAUCGAGACCUUGGAGCAUUACCAUGUACCUUGGGAGUGGGAUCGUGCGAACUCAGACUUCAUCAUUCUGCUGCGCGAGUUAGACAAGUACGAAACAGAUGUGCUGUUCGAGCACACGCGUCGCCGUCGUCAAGGUUCCUCUGCGCCUUUGCUCAUUGACAAGGCCAAGGAUACAGGACCAAAGUUUGCUUGGGUGAGGCACAAGAGUAAGGAAAGAAGUAAGAGUAGAGGAAGGGACAUCAGGGUCACUGAGAUUGUGAGGAGAUGA